UCUCACCGGUCUCUCUUUCCCCUCCAGCUCCGCCGCCUGCAGCGCUCGCCCCGAGCGGCCCCGGGGAGCCCGGGCAGGCAGCGGGGAGCGGAGGCGUCGCUCCUGCCCGGCCCAGCGCUCCCAUGUGAGCCCAGCCGGGGCCGGCACCGAGCCCUCCCGCAGCAGGAUGCCCGAGUCCCAGCCGCUCUGAAGCGCCCAGGAGGCUCCGCACACGCCGGGACGGUCGCUGGAGGAGGCCGUCGGGGCAGCGGGCAGCGCUGGAUUGAUCGGGGCAGCAUGGUGUCCUGGCGGAGGAGGUGGCAGGGGCCCGGUCUGGCCCGGCUCUGGGGCUUCUGCUGCGUGGUGCUGGGCUCCUGGAGGGCUUUGCUCGCCUGCCCGGCGCCUUGCACAUGCAGCGCCUCGCGGAUCUGGUGCAGCGAGCCCGCGCCGGGCAUCGUGUCCUUCCCGGUCCUGGAGAGGAGCGCCGAGCGGGAGAACAUCACCGACAUUUACAUCGCAAACCAGCGGAAAUUAGAAAGUAUCAAUAACAAUGAAGUUGGACUUUAUGUUGGACUGAAAAAUCUAACCGUGGUGGAUUCAGGCUUAAAGUUUGUGUCCCGUCAGGCAUUUCUGAAAAACACCAACCUGCAGUACAUUAAUUUCUCCAGAAACAAGCUCUCGAGUUUGUAUAAGAAGACUUUCCGCCAUCUGAAUUUGUCUGAUCUGAUUCUAGUGGACAAUCCAUUCAAGUGUUCCUGUGAUGUUAUGUGGAUCAAGAUAUUUCAGGAGACCAAGUUUUCUAACACAGAGACUCAGGAUUUUUACUGCAUAAAUGACAACAACAAGAGGAUACCCCUUUCGGACAUGCAGAUCCCCAACUGCGGCUUGCCCUCAGCAAACUUGAGUGUCUAUAACCUCACUGUUGUGGAAGGAAGGAGCACCACACUGUACUGCGAAGCUACUGGGGUGCCAUCUCCCAAUGUAUCCUGGGUUGUUGCUAAUCUUGUUUCAAAACAUGAGAGUAAUACAAGUAAGAGUCCUGCUUCCCUAACCAUAAGGAAUGUUUCAUCUAAGGACAGUGGAAUACGGAUUUCAUGUAUAGUAGAAAAUAUUGUCGGAGAAGACCAAGCUUCUGCUGACCUUGUGGUGUUCUUUGCACCAAAUAUCACAUUUAUUGAACCUCCAACCCCGGACCACCACUGGUGCAUUCCAUUCACUGUGAAAGGGAACCCCAAACCCUCAUUGCAGUGGUUCUAUGAAGGGGCUAUACUGAAUGAGUCUGAAUACAUCUGUACUAAAAUACAUGUUAGCAAUCAAAGUGAAUACCAUGGCUGCCUUCAGUUGGACAACCCUACCCAUUUGAACAAUGGUGCUUAUACCUUACUGGCGAAGAAUGAGUAUGGAGAAGAUGAAAAAAGGGUUGAUGCUCAUUUCAUGUCAAUGCCUGGAGAUGGUAGUGGCCCAAUCCUGGAUCCUGAACUUUAUGAUUAUGAAACCACACCUAAUGAUAUUGGGGACACCACGAAUAACAGUAAUCAAAUCACUUCUACGGAUGUUUCCAACAAAGAGAAUGAAGAUAGCAUCACUGUGUAUGUUGUGGUGGGGAUUGCAGCAUUAGUGUGCACUGGCCUAGUGAUAAUGCUCAUUAUUCUGAAAUUUGGAAGACACUCCAAGUUUGGGAUGAAAGGUCCUUCUUCAGUUAUCAGCAAUGAUGAUGAUUCGGCAAGUCCCCUCCAUCACAUUUCGAAUGGGAGUAACACUCCAUCCUCUUCUGAGGGCGGCCCAGAUGCUGUCAUCAUUGGAAUGACAAAGAUUCCUGUCAUUGAGAACCCCCAGUACUUCGGAAUCACCAACAGUCAGCUCAAGCCAGACACAUUUGUUCAGCACAUCAAACGACACAAUAUUGUUCUAAAAAGAGAGCUGGGAGAAGGAGCCUUUGGGAAAGUCUUCUUGGCCGAGUGCUAUAACCUCUCUCCGGAGCAGGACAAGAUCUUGGUGGCGGUGAAGACACUGAAAGAUGCCAGUGAUAAUGCUCGGAAAGACUUCCAUCGAGAGGCAGAAUUGCUGACUAACCUACAGCAUGAGCACAUUGUGAAGUUUUAUGGCGUGUGUGUGGAAGGUGAUCCACUCAUCAUGGUUUUUGAGUACAUGAAGCACGGAGAUCUGAAUAAAUUCCUCAGGGCACAUGGACCAGAUGCAGUACUGAUGGCAGAAGGCAACCUUCUAGCUGAGCUGACCCAGUCCCAGAUGUUGCAUAUUGCCCAGCAGAUUGCAUCCGGCAUGGUUUACUUGGCAUCACAACACUUUGUGCAUCGUGAUCUUGCCACCCGGAAUUGCCUGGUUGGUGAGAACUUGCUGGUGAAGAUUGGAGAUUUUGGAAUGUCCAGAGACGUGUACAGUACUGAUUACUAUAGGGUUGGUGGUCACACCAUGUUGCCCAUUCGUUGGAUGCCUCCUGAGAGUAUCAUGUACAGGAAGUUCACCACAGAAAGUGAUGUCUGGAGCUUGGGGGUCGUUUUAUGGGAAAUCUUCACCUAUGGCAAACAGCCAUGGUAUCAGCUCUCAAACAAUGAGGUGAUCGAGUGCAUCACUCAGGGCCGAGUUCUGCAGCGACCUCGCACGUGCCCAAAGGAAGUGUACGACUUGAUGCUGGGUUGUUGGCAACGGGAGCCUCACAUGAGGCUCAACAUCAAAGAAAUCCAUUCCCUCCUUCAGAACUUGGCCAAGGCUUCUCCAGUUUACCUGGAUAUUCUAGGCUAGAGCCUCCUAGCAUUUCCUCUUAUGGGCUGCGUGAAUGAAUGUGUUCAACGGCCGCUGAACUCCAUCAAAAUAUGUUCUUAACUCUGACAGUAGUAAUGACAAAGAUGCGGAGAAGCUUUCAAAGGGCAAGCAACGUGCACUUCUCCAUCUUUAGACAGAGUAUUGACUUUUUUGACAUUGUUGAAAUGUAUCUCUUUUCUCUUUCUCUUUCUGUUUCUCUCAUUUUUUCUCUCUCCUUCUAUUCAAUCUGGCUUCUGCGUUAUUGUAACUCUGCAUAGACAAAGGCCUUAAAAACCUGAUCUGUUAUAUCAGCAGACACUCCAGAUUGCCCACAACUAACAAUGCCUUGUUGUACUCAUGCCUUUGAUGUGGAUGAAAAAAGGGAAAAAAAUAUUUGACUCGAACUUUGUGACUUCUGCUGCACAGAUACUGGGAGUUUCUCUUGAUUCACCUCUACUUUUUUUGCUUCGGCGUGUGGGUGGAAAAAGAAGAUUGGUGUUCUCUAUUGGAAGCUUAUUUCUAGUUGAGAUAAAGCCAGAUAGAAAGAAAACAGCGCUGUGUGCUCCACUAUAUGGAGGAACCAUGGGAUCAGAUGGCAUCCAACCCUGCUCAAAAACACUGAAAUGAUAUAAUGGAAGGAAAGGACUCUGUGCUUUCCUCUGGGAGCCUGUCUGAGGAGCAAAGGGAUUGUUUAAAGAGUGUGCUUGGUUAGCACUUUUCAUCACCAGAUCCAGUACAAUGGUCUAUGGUAAAAAGAAAAAGAUGCUGCCUGCAUUGCACUAGAUUACACAACACUACGAUAUGCUAAAUACAAUCCCUCGGCUUCUCUUAGAGUAGGAUAUUGUGAUAGCACUGGUAUGAAAGUGUUCUCCAGCUAGCCUUUGGUAAUACAGGCGGAAGCUAGGCUGAUUAAUGUACAGUAUGCAUUUCAGGGUCAAGUGUUGAAGCUGAGGACUUUGAUCAGACAGGACAAGUUGUAGAUGCUGAGGCAAGCUGUAGAUACUGUGCUUGUCAGGCAGCAUAUUCCUACUGCUCUCCUUCUCCAUUCCCAUUUUUUCACUGUGCAAGCAAAAUUGUGCAUGGUCUUCGUCGAUUAAUGCCCUUUGUGUAGAAACUAUUGCUCAUCUUGUUGUACACCCUGAUAGGAAUAGCAAAUCCAUAAAGGUAUAACAUAUAUUUAAUUAGAGGGAGCUAAUGGAGGUCAUUAGCUACAUUCAGAUGUCUUUACAUUGUUACAGAUAUGAUACUACGCAAAUAAUCUAAAACAUGGAAAUAGUAGAUUAUGUUUGAGCCAUGGCAGGGGUGACAGAAUUAAGUCCCUGGAGACAGCUAGAUGUGAUCCUGCGGUUAUCACUUGACAUUCAUAGCAUACAGACACUGAGUUCAGCACCAAUUUCUGGUUGAUAUAGUGGUGUCAUUCCCAGCAUCCACUGUUCUGUAAUUUAUUUAUAUCUGGUUGGAAAGGCAUUGUGUGCAUACUGUAUAUGCAUGGCCACUGUGCUGAUGGCAAGUGCAUGGGCAUCUAUGUUUAUUUUUCAAACAGAUGCUGAAGAUUUAAAAUUUAGAUUUAGGAUUAUUUUUCUUAUGAACUCUUACAAAUGAAAAUAAAUCUUACCUGUUCCUCAAGAACAUUUGCCACCCUCUGUGAGGGGGCUUUGCUGCAAAAAAAUUGUCCUUUUUUUUAAAAAAAAAAAUAUUAUGAGCCAGAUCAAAGAGUAGUAGUAGUUCUUCAUCUUUGUGUUGUGGUUAUUUUAUUUAAUACAUUAAGCAUUUUAUUUUUGUAAAUGUUCCCAUAAUAUUUUAAUAUAUAAUUUGCUUGCAUAUAUUAUUUAUUAAAGCACUUUCUUUCUUCCUUCAGUGGCUUUUAAAGCCAGUUCACAGAGAUUUUGAACAUUUUCAGAAAUAAAACAAUUGACUUGGCAGUGAUGGAGUUGAACCCACCUUGUGUCAGUGAAAAAAGCAUUAAAAAUAAACUUAAUAAUGUAACUAUAAAGCCAUAUGCAGUAUCUCUUUAAUAAACCAGAUGUUAUUUCUGAACCACUAAAACUGGAAAUUAAAAAAAAAAAAAAGCCAGACGAGGACUCAUACAAAAUAGGCUUUAAGAUUUUAUCUGGGCUGUCUUAGAAGUUUGAAUAGCAAUAGCCCUGUUAAAAAAAGAUUGAACAUUCAGGGAAACCCAUUCUCUUGAGGGCCUGAGUUUUAUGUUUUUAAGAAAUUCAGUUUCAAUAUAACAGAAAGUGGAAAAGAAAAUGUAAAGUGUUGAAAUCCACUGAGACUACCCUUUUAGUGUGAGGAGGGAAGAGUUGUGUAUUUGGGAAGGGAAGUACAAAAUUCCUACCUGUUGUAUUCUGUCAUAGUUCCUUAUGCCCUUUAGAAAAAUGUAUCCUUUUUGUCUCCAAGAUAUUGUUCUCUCUGAGCAAUGACCCGAACCUGAAAGCAAACAGGUAGGUUUUGCAAGAACUGAUGGAAUGUAUACUAAAAAUGAAGGGAAAAAAUACAAUUUGAUCUAGUGGCAUCCGUUUUUCAUUACUAAAAGAGCAUACUAGAGUCAUGUAUGGGGGAAAUAUAGUGUGUUAGAAUACACUGUGCAACAGCACAUCAGUAUGUCAAACUUAAAGGACCAAAUGUUCUACAGAGCCAAAAAUAUGGAUAAACUUGGCCUAUAUCACACAUGUGAACAGUAGUCCAUAAAAGCUAUAAUUAGUGUAGAUUAGCUAUUAACUAAAGCUAAACCAAUUUUUGCAUUUAUUCAUAAGAAGGUGCGUAAGUGUAGCAAAAUGAGUGGAAAAGAGAAAAAGAAGUAUGUUCAAAUGGCAAUGAGGGGUGAGUGUAUGUACAGACAUUUGUCAUGCUUGCAACUUCAGCUAAAUCUUGUACACUGAGAAAAUAUGACAAUCAGGCUCAUUACAAAAUCUUUCUGGACUAUGCUACAAACCGAUCAUAUAUAUAUAAUAUAUAUUAUAUAUAUAUGUGUUUACAUAGGGUGUGUAUAUAUACAUGGUAUAUACAUAUAUGUAUAUGUGUGUUAUAAAUAUUUGAUUUAUACAUAUGCAGACAUACGUAUACAGUAUGUGUGAUUGUGUGUAUAUGUAUAAAUUUACAUAUACAUAUAUUCUAACAUGAUAAUUAGGGUACAGUGUUAUUAAUAAAGUCCGCUAAAUAACCAAAAUCUUUUUUUCCUUUGGUAUUUCUUUUUCUAUGUUUAUAAGAUUUAACUUUUUAUGUGAAUGCAGUUCCGCAUGGGUGGAGGAAGUACUAAAAUGCCAGAGAUAUUUUUAACAAUCAACGUUUUUUCCCAAAUGAUUGUAUAAAAGCAGCCCCUCUGUUAGUGUCUAAUAUUCAUUGAUUUCUCACAGAGAAAUGAACAGAUUGGCUUCAAACUUCCUAGAAGAAAGUUUGGUUUGAAAUAAUUUCUGUUUUUGUGCUAUUAUUGUUGUAUUGUUCAACAGCAGCACGACAGCUCCAAUGGCAUUUUGCACUUCUCUUCAGUUACAAAAUAAUUCCAAGAAUGAGCUGGAAUUUUCAGACUGCAACACAACUGGUAGACCCAUGGUGAGAACUCCAAAACCCUGCAGUAAGAAUAGCAGCAGCUAGUAUUGGGAAUUUCCCACAUUCUCUCCUUUACCCUCAGUAAAGCUGCAGAACUCAGCAACCAGCUGUAGUGAACAGUAUUUGUAAAGCAACCGUACCCCAUGAUGCAUGAUGGAACUUCUUUUUACAUAGGAGUUCAUUCAUUUUAAUUUAUAAACCAAUAUAUUUAUAUAUUGUCUACAGUUCAAUAAAUUACUUCUGUCUCUCUCUCUCUCUCUCUCUCUGCUCUUUGGCGAUAUUUUUGUUGUGCUUGAUAUAGACUUUCACAGAACACUUUAAAGAUAAAAGAAACACCCCAAUAAAGCAAACACUGGCUGACUAAGUUACAGUGCAUAUACGUAAUAACAAGACUGUCUCCAGGUUGGUACAGCCUGUAAAAGAAAUUCAAAUAUUGUUGUAAGAAUGUGGGGGUGGGAAGGGGGGUUGGGGUUUCUGGCUGCAGAUGAAGGUUUGGAUAGCACAGGAAGCUGUAUUUUCUUGUUGUCAGGGCUGGGAUGAACCACUGCUGCUCUGAGUCAAGAGGUCCUUGAAGAGCCUUAGUUAAUUUACUUUAUUUUAUUUUUUGCUACAUUCAUCACAAAUAUGAAGCAAAAAAAAAAAGUCUACAAUGUUGCAGGGAAAACACUGUGAAUUUCACAACAGCAACCAAGUGACUAUUUUGCCAUAUUUUUAAAGUACGUCUCAGGAGAAGAAAUGGGAAAUGAUGGGUAUAUUAUUUUCUUGUCUAUGCAUUCUAGGCCAGGUCUAUGGAUUUUUUUUGUUUGCUUGUAAAAAGUUCUGAGUGAAGAUUAGCUGAAAUGUAUUUUAUAAACACAGAAUACUUUGGGCAAGCAUAGCAGAAGCUGCUUCUAGCAAGGCUGAUGGACAGGAAGGCAUAAGAGAACAACAAUCAAAUCAAAUCUUUUCAGAGGCCUAUAUCUUGCAGCUUAUAUGUAUUGUUCUGUAACUUAAAGAAAAACAAAUGUUGAACAAGCAGCUGAGAAUUUUAUAUACAAGUAAAUCACUUCAGUAUGGAUAUUUAAUUACAUCACCAAUAGAGAAAGAUUCAAGUUAUUAUGAAAUAUUUGCCCCAGCCCUGCUCUCUACCUACACUUCAUAUAUAUAUUUAUAUAUAUGUAUUUCCAGAUACCACUCUCGAGAGAGAGAGUGAGAGAGAGAGAGGGAGAUACCUACAUAUAAAUAUAAAUCUCUAUAUUUGUCACUAAAACUGUGACCUGGUGUUUACAGCUAUCUUUCUCCUUUCUUUUUCUUUUUCACUGUGAUGUCUCUGUGCAGAUAUUUAGUGGUUCUUGUUUUGCAGUUUGUUGUAGAAAUUCAUUGCUUUAAAAGAUCCAUUGCAUCUUGGCUGAUUUUGAAGUGAUGCCUGAGUAUCAGUGUUAAAAGAUUUGUUUGUGAAUCAUGUGACCAGCUUCUGUCAACAUGACAUGGGUAGUCUCUUGUACUACAGUGUAUUUAAUACAAAUGAUGUCUUUCAAUAAACAGUGUCAUCCAAAAGAAAGACUGUAAGUGAUACAAUGAUGAUUACUUUAAAAAUGUAUACAAUUUUAAUGAAACAUUGUGUGGUAUUUUCUUUUAUUUAAAUCCUGUUUAAAAAAACGUGGUAAAUAAUGAAUGGCUAAAUGUGCUUGGAAAUGUGACAUAUUUACAGUCUAAAAUAAUGAUAAAAAACAUUCAGGUACUAUACUCCUAUGAGAUGAAAGAAGCAUCACAUACAAAACAUUUAUGAAAUUUGCUACCUGUAUUUACACAAUUAGGGCUAUUAAAAAAGUCCUAAAGUGAACCCACUCGAAAAUUUGGGUACAUGUGCAUGUGAAUACUUGUUUGUCAUACAGCUAUCCAUAUAGCAUAUGUUGUCCUGCAAUAAGGUGCUUAUCAGUAGGUGAAAGUACUUUCUGGAUACAGUUUAUGUGCAUGUUCUCAAAAUGUGUCUCAUAAUCCACAGCACCACUAAUAAACUAGCUAAGAUUAGGGUUUGGGUUUCUUCCUUGUCCCAAUGUAGUAUUAAAAUGAUGUGAACAAAUGUAGCAUUAAUUCAAGGCCAGCCUGUAUAGUAGCUGAAACUCCUAAAUAGUAAUAUAUAAUAAAAGCAGUGUUUAUACAUUCAACAUGGCUUCAGCCGCCUAAUUGAAGAUCCCACUGUAGGUUAUUGAUUUACCCAAGUGUAACCCCCACAACUUCUGGGUGUGGUGUUCUUUCCCAUCUAGUGGCACCGAGACCACCUAGAGAGAGAGGGAGACACUGAAAUUAGUGCCAGGUUUCAGAGUAGCAGCCGUGCUAGUCUGUAUCCACAAAAAGAAAAGGAGGACUUGUGGCACCUUAGAGACUAACAACAAGUCCUCCUUUUCUGUCUGAGAUUCAUGAGUUUGCGCAACAGCUUUAGCUACCAGCCAGUUGGCUUUAAGCUCAGAUGGUAGAGGCUCAUGCACGAAGCUCCAGAGGUCCCAGAUUCGAUCCCGCCCACUGACGACCGGGGUCUGUUGGCGUUACACAAAGCCUUCAGGUUUAAAGGAUACCAAUAGGAAAGCCACUGUAUGGCUACAACUGUUUGGCUUUGCCAAGAGAUCUGCUUGAGAUUGCAGGAGCUUGCUGUCAUUCUAAAAGUCUGAAGGGAAAUUAUCAGGUAAAGAGCAGCCCAGCACAAGACUGGUCUAAUGCCAUGAAAAUAGCAUGAAGAUCUGUGCUAGUAAAUUAGUUGUCAAUGUAUCAUUCAGUCAGUGGGAAGCGAGCCUCCUAGUGUGGGCUGACAGACUCGGGCCAGCAAGGCUCCCAUUAGCACUCUACAAAGAGCUGUCUAGACAGACUUUGAAGUUGUGGCUCAGGCUGAAGCUCGGCCUCUGAAGCCUAGGGAAACUUGCUUCCAUAGGUUGUAAAGACAUACCCUUAGGGUCAUAUUAUACCAUUUCAUGGUGACUAUGCAGGAUGCAGAUAGAGCAGGAGUAUGUCAUACUCUCAGAUCUUGAUUGCUGAAAUGAAACUCCUAGCCAUUAUGGCCUUGGCUCCACUAGAGAACUGACUUGGUUGUGAUUGUACUGGAUACACUGAACCACUUGAAGUGGAAAAGAUUCAGUGUAUCCACACUCCCCAUGCUGAGUGGGUUUAUGUUUUUCCCCUCGUCCACACUAGUGCUGUCUUAAACCAUUUCACAUAAACCUGGCCAUACAUUCUAGGUGACGUUGCAAGGCCACACAUGUGCACUGUGAGACACUAGUGGGAAGCCUAGUUAAAUUGUUACAGCUUGCCUGUAUCCACACUGACACUGAACUACUUAAGCUUUAACUAGUUAUUAACCCUGCUAAAAGAUAACCUCUUCUAGCUGAGUAUUACGCUGGUUGGGGUAUUUCUCUAUGUGUAUGCAGCAUUCUGCAAACAUUCUAAGGGUUAUCACUGGUUUAAUUUCUUUAGUAUAGACCAGGCCAAUGUGACAGUUCACACAGUUGUGCUAACAGGACUCCUCCACCUCUCUAGCAGCACAGCAACCCAAGGUACCAUGUAGCAGCGGGCCGCCCAGCUUAUGCAGUACCCCUCUCAAGGAUGGUGGUGUCAGGCAUGCAGUAGGAAUUAAUAAAGCAUAAGAGCUGCACCCUUGCUUAUUGCCAAUCAGGUGGAGGGGACCAUGGGGCCCUUAGAACCUGAUCAGUGGGAGAUUUGCCAGCAGUACUGGAUGAGGUUCUUACUCAAGAUCAUGAAGGUUUGAUCCAGGACCAUCUGCUAAAGCAAGAAAUUGUCAUAGCUGUUGUUCUGUAGCACCUACUUGGCUAAGAGCAGUGCUACUAAAUGCACAGUACUUAGAGUAUCGCUACAAAUGAGGGGUUUACCUUAAGGUUUUCAUAUUACUGGCAUUGUUGUUAUCAUCUUUGCCCCGACAACUGUAAUGAUAAAAUUUGGUUUUGACUGCACAUAGGUAUGCCUUAGAGAGGCUGACAAGCUUGCAGAUCAUCUCAAUAUUUUCAGUGAGUGAUGGACAAACUGUAAUGGUUUGUUAAAGCCUUUUGUUAUCUCCCCACCACAAACUGCUAGCCAAGAAUACUCACCUAUGUGUGACUUUAUAUAAUAAUGGUUUGCAACAGAUUGUCAGCUGUGUCUUUGACAUAUUAAUAAUGUAUUCAGAAACCCCUUUACGCUUCCUGUUUCUUUCUUCUCCUUAGAGAGCAUAAACUUAUUUUAAAAGUUGUAGGGGAAAAAUUGGAUGUUCAACCCAAUUGCUGUGGCUGUUAUUGUUUUAGAAACUUUCACAAUUGAUUUUGUGCUGAAAAAGACUGUCAAUCCUGAGUAUUAAAUGCUUCAAAUACCUGUAAGAUCAAUAAUCUUGAUAACUGUAUUAAAAAACCAUUCACAGUU